AUGAAGAAGAGAACUAAUUGCUACGAUUCUCCGGUGUUCUCUGAUGAAAAUCAAGAUGAAGGACGUUCAUCUGACGCCGGAGGCUGUCGUCAGACGUUGGAAAAGCGAGAAGGGCGGGCCGAACCCACUUGCAGCGACUUUCGCAGGCUGAGCAGCGUCGUUGUCAUUGGAGCGCACUCUCCGCCGCGGCUGUUGCAAUACUUUUUCUCUUCGUUGCCUCCGGCCUUUUAUUUUAAUAUAACGACGGCCAAGUUUCGUAUGCGGUCGGAUGCUGCGCAAACUGCGCCGCUACAGCGCUAGCACGGCCUUUCACGCCAAAAGAGGAAAAGUUUGUGCUUUUUGCGGCCUCCCUGAUCGCCUUGUUUAUUUUUUUAUCUGCACAUUACGGAGGAAGUCGGCGAGGUUUGGACUUUAUUCGAUCAGAAGUUUUUUAUAUAUGGAAGUUUGUGCACGAAAAUUAGUUAGGUUUUGUUUGAAAAUGAGUUACUCACGAAAGUCGAAAAUCAAAAAGCUUUUUGAAUUUCGAGUAAAUUUUCUGCUAUUUUGAUUGCAUAUAAUUUGAAAUGAUUUUUAAUUAUUAACUUUUGAGCAAGAUUCAAAUCAAUUUUUAUGACAAUUUCUCGUGUUUCCAUCAAAGAAAAAAAUAAUUUUUAAAUUUAUCAUUUUAGAUAGUUAUUUCAAUACUUUUCGAUUUUCAUAAUUUUUUUUUACUUUCUCAUUCUAAGUUUCUAGGAUGAACAGGAGCGGUUCCUUCAAGUCGACGAUUCGGAGCCUUUUUUGCCUGUAUGUCACAUUUUUCCUAAGUCAUAAUUCAAGCCUUUUCAGAUUAUCGGGAAAGACUUUGUAGCCGCUGUUUUGGUCGUUUGUGCGACGCGACCAGAAGCUCUACGCAAUCACCUGACUCAGCUCCUUGCGUUAGUCACUCUGAAAAUAGUACUCUAAGUUCGUUACCUAAAUGAGUUUAGAAAACGGCCUUCUGCGUCGCAAUUCCCCGUGGUGAUCAGCCAAGAUGGAGAAACUCAUUCAGUUCACCAAGUGGCCAGCAAAUUCAUCAGUUCCUUCAAAAACGUUACUUUUAUGAGGGUCGGUUCCUUUUUGAGUAAUUACCCUAAUUGUUCUUUGCAGCAUAAACAAGAAAAAAUAUUGAAAGCAAAAAAACGGAACAACUAUGCGGCUAUUGCAAAGCACUACAAGUGGGCUCUGGAUAGGAUGUUCAAGAAAUUUGGAUUUAAUUAUGUUAUAAUUACCGAAGGUUCGUGAAUUCUGAUUAAAGUGAUUGAUCAUUUGUUGUUGAAGAGACUGUGAGGUACGAACAAGGUCGAAAAAUGUCGCAAAUCUACCUUUUAAGAUCAUUAAAAGAUGAUUUUGCUUUGAAAGCUCUAUGAGCUUGUGCAAUUGUUUCAUUUUAGAACAAUCCUUUCAAAUUGAUUCAAACUUAUUCUCUGUUGUUUUUCAAUCUACUACUUUCCUAUUUUCAGACGAUCUUGACAUUGGAAACGAUUUCUUCUCAUACUUUGAAUGGGCAAAGCGGGUUCUUCAGACAGAUCCAACUUUAUGGUCAGUUGUUUUAUGAAUCUGUGUUGUAUGAUCUUGAAGAAACACCAAUUUUACUCUAAGUUUUCGGAAUUAAGGUGCGCUUCGGCUUGGAACGACAACGGGUUGCCAAAAUUGAUCGAUGAAAAUCAAGGAGAUCGGAUUUGGAGGACUGAUUUUUUUCCUGGCCUUGGUAUUUUUUUUGAAUUUAAUUGUGAUCAAAAAAAACUAAUCUUCCCUUAAAACCCAAAUUAAAAAAAAACAUAGUGCACUGAAGUGGAUUUCAGUUUUUUGAAACAGGAACUGUUCAGAAAGCAUCAAGAAUUUUCUCAGGCUGGAUGCUUUCCGCCGAAACUUGGAAUGAACUAAGUGACAAAUGGCCUGGUCAGUAUUGGGACGACUGGAUGAGACAGCAAGAUAUCCGCAAAAAUCGGUCCUGCAUACGACCGGAGAUUUGCCGAACCGCUCACAAUAUGAGAUUAGCAGGAAAAGGAUCCAGCGGGUUUCCUAUCAUAAGUGAACCAAAAAAUGAUUUUUUUUUUCUUAGUGGUAUGUUCAAAAGCUACUUGUCAUCGAUUUCGGCUGCCCACACUUCAACCGAAUUCUCUUUGAUACCAGUCCAAAAGAUGGUUGCUGACCAAUACAAUAAAAACUUCGUUCAGUUGAUACAGGUACUCGAAGUUGGCUACAAUUUAAAAAAAUGAAAAUUGGUGACUCAAUUUGGAUUAUAGUCAAAUCACCGUUACAUUUUUUCCUGAUCAGCAAAACAGGAAAGAAAUUUGGAGACUCAGAAGCCCGGUAAUUUUUUAAGCGCUCACGCUUGAUGGAGUAUGAAAUUGGUCAAAUAUAUGAGUUUCAAAAAAAAAGUUACAACCUUCUCUGUCGUCCCAAAUGAUUUUCGUAAACUGCGCAAUGAUAUAAAUUUUUGAACGUUACUGAGAAUGAUUUGUUUCUUUACAGUUAUGAAUAGGUAAAUGAAAAAAAACUUUCUUGACGUUUUGAUUAUUUUUUAUCUCAUUUUUCAGAAUGCGAAAUUGGUCGACAUUGAGAAAAUAGCAACCUAUAGCUGGGAGAAAUCGUACGAAUACAGGUUAUUUUCUGUUUUUCCAGAACUUCCUCAAAAUAUUUUGUUUAUCAGAGUUCCAUUCAAUUCCGUCAGAGAGUGGCACAAGCUGGCAACACAUUUCGGCUUGAUGCCCGACAUCCGGGUUAGUUUUUGGCUUCAAUUUUGGGUGGGAUUGGUGUGAAGAUGCUUUUCUCAUCCAGAGACGAGACAUGCAAGUGUUCGCAAAAACAUGAAUUUAUGAGAGAACGCUGACGCGAAAAACCUAUUAGCGAUGCAUAGAGUAGCGAUACUACAGUUUCUCAAUCCGAUGCGUUCGUGUUUUGGCGUGGCGCCGGAAGUUUGGAUUAUUUCCGAUGGGUGGUGUUUGUUGGAGUAGAAAAUCUAUGCUGAUCAAAAUAUGUAGGAGGCAAAAAAAUUAACAGUGAGUUUUCGGGAUGAGAAAUGAGAACACAUCGGUUUUGAGAAAAAGUAAAAAUACAAUGGAAAAUGCAAAUAUUUAAAGCUUGAAUGAUUUUUUUUUUUCUCAUCCGAAGUACCUUUUUAGUUUUGCUUGUCUUGAUAGUGAGUAAAGGUCAAAUAUUUUGACAUUGAUGGAAAUUUUCAAAAUAUCUAAAAGGUUAGACAAAAAAAAAAGAAUCAAACAUUCAGCGAAAUUUUUUGGGAUUCUCCAUUUUGAUGCAAUUGAUUCUGCCUCUUCUAAUUUUGAGAAAAUGGUGUUUAGUGAAAACAUUGAACUGUUAGAUUACUUUAAAAAAAUUCCGAAAAAAAGCUUUAGGCGUUUUUCUCAAAAAAAUUACGAACGAAAAAGCAGAGAAAAAAAGGAAAAAAAUGUGUUUGAAGACGAAUCUCGGCGCGUUCCUCUUAUUUUUAUUGCACGUCGGGAAUUUUGAUGAUCGACGAUGUCAUAAAAUUGAAUAUGGCUGUCCGGUCAAAAAUAGGAGAUUUUUGAGAAUUUAAACUGUUUUUUAUUGAAAACAAACCUACGCGAUAGCAGGAAAUUAAACUCUCAAACGUUUUUUAAAACUGAUGAUUGGCAGAGAAUUUUGUUUUUUUAUUCUUUGUUCUCUGAGAUUUUCUGUUCCCAUCGUUUCCUAAGGUGACCCAGUUUGAUGACGGAUUGGACAAUGUCUGAAAGAACCAAAGUACAAAAAAAGUCUGAUGAAAUUUCGAGUUUUGUGUUCUGAACUAGAAAGAAUUGAGAGAAUUUAGUCUUAUUCAACCAUUUUCGGAUCAAAAAAAUGUAUUCUCUGAAAUAACCGGGUUUAUCAUAUGAAAGUUUUUUUAUAGCAUAAAUCAAAUUUUUCGUUCGUUUUUUUAAUUAAAAGGAUGGAAAAAAACAGAGUUUUUUUCGGGUAAUAAAAUUAAGGUAGAAAUUUCAAAAUGUAUUAUUAAUUCAUUAAUUUAUCCCACUUAUAAAUUCUCGAAGAUUUUUUUCACCUUGAAAUUUCUCACGGAGAAGCUCGAAAAGACAAAGAAAAGGCACCGAAACCAAUGAUUUUCCAGGGAGGAAUGCAACGCACAAGUUAUCACGGCGUCGUUUCUUUGAUGCAUAACGGAUGUCGGAUCUACAUAGUUCCUUUUCAAAUUUCUGAAAACGCUACUCUUUUCGACGAGUUCCACUACGACCCCAACUGGGAUAAGAAAUUCCGGUUUUUGGAGUUCGAAAAAGCUUUCUGCAAGCCUGGAAAGUAAGUUAAACUGUACAUUCCUAGUUUGAUCCAGAAAUUUAAGAUUCACUGGUACCUGUGACCCGAAAAAUCCUGAGUUGAUCGCCUGGUUCAAGAAGAAAAGCUGGCAGAAAAGGCUCGCCGAAUGGGGAGACAUGAUAGUGAACUAG